AUGAAUGCCGGCGCAGACACCGUCAAGAUGGAUAAGGAAGUCCCCAACUUCACGCUUAAAGAUGCAACGGACAAAGAGCAUUCGCUCAAGGAUUUGAGCCGCGACAAAAAGGCAACAGUUCUGAUGUUCAUUUCGACCCAAUGCCCUGUUUCUAAUGCUUACAAUGAGAGGAUCAUCGCGCUACAUAACGACUACAAAGAUCAGGGAAUACAGUUCAUUGGGAUCAACUCCAACAGGAAUGAAUCCGUCGAAGAGAUAGUUGAGCAUAACAAGACAAACAAGUUCAGUUUCUUGGUCCUAAAAGAUCUGAAGAAUGAAAUUGCGGAUAAAUUUGUGGCAAAGCGUGCGCCUGAAGUCUACUUAUUGGACGACAAGCGAAUACUUCGAUAUCGUGGUGCUAUUGAUAAUAGCCAGAAGAAUCCCGAAACGCACUAUCUACGCGAAACGCUUGCCCUUGUGGUUGCCGGAAAAGAAAUUCCCGAAAAUCUCAAAAAGACAAAGGCGUUUGGCUGCACUAUCAAGCGCGUUAGGCGUGUUAGGAAGGAACCGAGUCGGGACCGUACGCCGUAG